GUUAUUCUGCUGUUCUUUAAAUACGCGCGAAAUGUGUUCUAAUGACUUUGAUUGCGGCCCUCGAGACCUUGAUGGAGAUUAUUGAGCCGGCACCAGCACAUGUCUCCUUCAUCAGAAAUCUGUGGGCGAUCUAUCCUGAGCAUGUAGUCGGGACUACUGUAGUGCUUGCAAUGGCCCCGUUCGCUGUACGAGCUGCAUACUUAAAGCACCACCGGCCCUGGUACUACAGGAAAGAAUAUACAGUUGUCAGGGAUGACGACCCCUACGCAAAGGUUCUGGAGGAAGCCUACAAGGACUUUGUUCCUCACCCACUUCCCAAAUAAGGACACAAGCACAAUGCACCAGCGUAGGUUCCUCGGCUCAUCUCUGUAAUAAAUAAAAGCGUUGUGUUGAUUGUUU